AUGAGCUCUAAAGAUUUAAUUUUAUGCAAAUAUGUUGCAAGUGCAUAUGGAUGCAAUUAUAAUGAAAUGUAUACACUUGUUGUUGCACAUGUUUUAUCUUUAAUACUUCCUGUUUAUUAUUUAAUUUUGUAUCUCAAGAAUAGGAAGAAAACAGACAAAUGCAAAGUCGAUUAUUUUCUCUCAUUCUGGGUUUUCAUGAUCAUCACAGUCAUAUUUAGAAUCAUUAUCACUAUUUGCCCUUUUCAUUAUACACAAUUAUCAUAUCAAAUCGUUUGGAUUGGAAUUAAUCAAGUUUUACUAUUUAUAUACGUAUCAAUAGUCAUUUAUAUUAUAAUGGAUUUACUCUAUCAAUAUCAAGGAAUCACACAGACGAUAAAUAAAUUUUUCAAGCUCUUUUUUGCAUUGUACAGUAUCACUUUCAUAUCCACAGCUGUAGUGAUAACCGUUUACUCCGGGUUACAAGGCGAUCGCGAAACUUAUUAUUUAUGGCAUGCGGCAACAACUAUCAUGAUUUUAGUUUUCGCCAUGGUACCAUCAUUUAGACUUAUAAAGAAGAUGACAUACCCAGUUAUUCAACCAGGAAAGCUUUGUUGUAUGAGAACCUCAAAUUUCCUCAUUGGACUGUUCAUUUUUCUUGAAGUGUCUAGAUGUAUCUACGAUAUAAUCAUGUUUAGUCCAUUUGAUUUUAUUACUGGAUGGUAUGCGCAAUUUGAUAAGACUGGUGCUCUUCCAUUAAUCGCCAGAUGGUUCAUUAUUACAAAAGUUUUGAUUUUCGAUAUAUCACCAUCAAUGGUUGUUUGCUGGAUUGUUAAUGCAAUCUUUUCUUACGAUUUAGGGUUCCAAAACGACAAUUUUUAUAGUCCACAACCUCUGCUUUGA